AUGAGGAAAGGAAAGCUCAAAUCAUUUGUUACACCAAGAAACCAAGCCAGAAUUGAAGAUUUAAGUUGUAACAUUGAUGACACUUCAACCAGGAAUCACACGCUCUUCUCCUUACAUAACAUAACUAUUGUAACCAUGGAGUCACUUAUAUCACUGAUGCUAAGGUUAAUUUCGCUUUAA